GGCAUUCUUCUCAUGUUCGAGCAAUAAUCGACACAAUCAAAUCGAAGCUUACAGGUCAAGUUGCCUUGUCUUGAACAAGACUUCUUCCCGCAAGCAUACUCCAGAUUGUUCCCUCAAAGCAGAAAGCCACAAACUCAGGCCCGCGCUUUCUCUCCAGCAAACUGGUAAGGCAAGCAGAGGAGCGACCUUAUAACCUUCAUUCGACACAUCGACAACUGCCACCAUAACCUUGUUACUCUUUCACAUCCCACUCACUUCCGAACUCACUCACUUUCCAUCACAAUGGGAGGCAGCACCUUCACCAAGGCUUCCGCCGAUGGCGCGCCAACCCUCUACACUCCGCGCAUGACUCCCAAAGUCUACGCUCAACUCAAAUCGACUUGCAUCGAGCGCCUUCAGGAAGUCCUCCCAGACCAUCAAAUCUCCGCUCUCAUCGAGGCACCAGAGAAGAAAGACUACGGCGACCUCGACAUCAUCAUCGCUCAUGAUGGUCCUGUCAACACCAUGGAACUGGCCCGCCACGUCGGCGCUCACGGUCUGAUCAAGCACAGCACCGGCGAGAACCAGAGCUUCAGCCUCGCGGUUCCUCAGGACAUGGUCCGAAGCGUCGAGGACCGCGACCCGGUCAUCUACCAGCAUCGUCACAAGACCGACACCUCCAUCACAGAGAACCAUCCACCCGCUCCACUCAGCACCAAAGUCUACGCUCAGAUUGACGUCCACAUCGUCAACACUGCCGACUACGACUGGCACAUCUUCUACUCUUCCUACGGUGAUCUGAACAUCCUGCUCGGCCACAUCGUUCGUCAGCACGGCUUUUCGCUCACCGACAAGGGUCUCUUCCUCCGCCUCCCCGAGUACGAUGCCGCCAAAGAGCUCGACGCGGAGCGUACAACUCCUCACCUCAACAUCGAAGACACUCUGGGCAAGCUCUUCCUCUCCAACGAUCCCGUCGAAGUCAUGGACUUCCUCGGACUCGAUCCAAGCCGCUACUACGACGGCUUCACCACGGUCAAAGACUUCUUCGACUGGCUCUCCAUGUCCCGUCUCGUCGAUUCCACGACCGUGGGUGGCCACUCCGACCAGCCAUCCACCAAAACCAGCGCGAAACCCCGCUCCCUCAAACGUCCCCUCUUCACCAGCUUCCUCGACGACUAUCUGCCAAAGAAGUUCAAGCACAUUUCAACCGCAAACGGCACCAACUCAAAAGAAGUCGUCGCAUGCGAGACCUGCAAACAGCCUGUUCCCUCUUCCAUCCCGUCCCGCCCCGUCCUCCACCGCGAAGCAGUCGCCUCAUUCGCCCGCAAAUCCGCCUACACCGACCUGCACACCAAACUCAUCCACACCAUCUCCAACCAAGAAGCCGACCAUUUCCUCAAACCCAUCAUCGCCAAAUACAGCAAUUCGACGGAUCGGAAGAAGAUUGGCGAGAUCUUGCGGGCGAUGCAGAGGUGGGUUGGCGUGGGCGAGUGCUGCGGGAAGAUGAGCGUGUUGGAGGAGCCGCAUGGGAUUGGAGAGUCGCAGUUGGGACGGUUGGUGGAUGGGAGUCGUAGGGAGGUGGUGUUGAGGGAUGAGGCGGGGGUGGAGGUGUGGGUGAAGGAGCAUUGGGAUGAGGUGAAGGGGAUUGAGAGGCAGAGGGUUAAGAGGGAGAGAGAGGGGAAGGAAUUGAAGGAGGGAUGA